GCUCAGCCUUGAGCCACAGCGGAAGCAGUAGCAGCAUCAUGGAUCUCAUCUUCCACGGCCCCUUGGGCAUGGAGUUGUCAUUAAAUAAAAGUACCGGCGUGGCGCGCGUCAAGGCCGCGGAACAAGACAGUCCGGCGCAGCUCGUCGUGGGCCGCGCGCUGACGGCGAUCGAGGGCGUGCCCGUCGGCGAGAUCCGGGACAAGAAAUCGUGGCUCGCCGUCGUGGCGAUGCUCCAAGCGCCGGAGCGGCCGCUGUCGCUGACGUUCGAGGCGCCCGCGGUCUCGCCGGAGGAGCCGGUCCAGCCGGUGCAGCGCGCGCGGGCGGAGCUGGAUGCGCUCGCGGCGUCCGCCAAGGCCGCGGCGGAGCAAGCCGAGGCCGAGGCCACGGCCGUUGCGAGCGCCCCGGCGCCGGCGCGCGGACGGCAGGCCGUAAACCGCGCCGGCGUGAGGUUCGGGCCGCGGAGCCGGAGCCCGAGCCCGGAGCUCACGUGCUCGCAGUGCGGUUCGCGUGGUUCGCGAGCUGAUGGCUUCUUCAAUGGUACACACGGUUACCGGGGCCUAUUUUGCAGCGAAGACUGCAAGGCCAAGAGCCUGGGACGCUCGGACCUCGAGAGGGCCUCCACGCGGCGAGCGCCCGCGGCUUCGUCAUCGCGGCGGCGGCGCUCGCGCUCGCGCUCGCCGCGGCGACGGCGCGAAUCGUCGCCGCCGGGCCGCGUGGUCGCUGCGGAGAAGGCCGAGGCAACGGCCGCCGAGAGCGUGCCGGCGCCGACCCGCGGACGGCAGGCCUUCAAACCCGGCGUGAGGUUCGGGCCGCGGAGCCGGAGCCCGAGCCCGGAGCUCACAUGCGCGCAGUGCGGCCGCACGGGCACGCGAGUUGAUGGGUUCAAAAGUAUGGGUACGAGAGCCGUUUGUAGCGAAGCCUGCAAGGCCGCCUGCAAGGCCGAGAGUGUGGCCCGCUCCAAGCCUUCAGGCCGUGGCCUGCGACCGCCUUCGCCGCCCGGCCUGGGAGAGCGACCGACGCGUCGGCACCUCGUCGCCGCGGCGGAGGCGGCACCUGCGCCGCAGCCACCGGUCGAGUCGGAGCCGGCGGGGGCGCCGCGUCCACCCAGUGACGCCGAGAUCUACGACAUGGUCUUAGCGCGUGAGAAGGCCAGAAUUGUGAAAGACUAUGCUGCGGCCGACCGCUUGCGGGCCGAGAUGGCCACCGCAGGCUUAAGCGUCGUAUACCGCGACGAGACGGGCCGCGAGGGCCGCGAAGCCAAAAAGUGCGGGGCCUUGACGUGGUCCACCGUCGACGGGCGUACAGGCCCGCCGGCGCUGAGCACGGCCGAGAUCGAGUCCCGCCUUCGUGCGUGGCUUCACGCGCGUGACGUCGACCAGAACCCUAGUCGCGCCACGGACCUGCUCGCGGAUUGUAAAGCUCGCGGCAUCGGGACGAGCGCGAGCAUUUGGUUCACCGCACAAGCGUCCGGCCCGUUGCCGUCCUUGGUGCGCGAGGCUUCCGUCGGCCGCGGCCCAAGCGACGAGUACAUCAGAGAGCGCCUGUUCGCGCGGUUCCAAGCGAUUCAGGUCCGGGACCUAAAUCGAGCCGACGGCAUCUUAGACGAGCUUCAGCGGGCCGGCGUGCGUAUUGAGUUCGUGGGCGAAGGUUACAGCAGGGUGGCGACGUGGCGGACGCCCGACGGUCGUUCUGGACCGAGGCCGCCCGACGACGGAACGAUCUUCGACAUGGUGCUGCAGCGGGAGAAGGCGCGCAUCCACAGCGAUUUUAGGACCGGAGACCGCAUCGCCUGCGAGCUCAACGCGUCUGGCGUCUUCAUCGAGAACCGCGACGCGGCGGGCCGGCAGGACCUUUCGGGCGGCGCCCACACCUAG